ACAAUUCCCAUACCUGCGCCUCGAUUGGGGUCGACAAGGAAGGCUUGGGUGAGCCGCAACCGCGUCGGUCCGGCUCCAUCUGGAAAUGCCGAAACCCGCUCCGCUCCCGAUUCCCACCUUCGCCUGGGGAAGGGCAAUGUCGGUAGAGAUGAACAGCGCCUCGAUGCCGGCCGCGCCGGAGACGCCGGGAUUCUUGUUCUCCGAUUGUUUUCGAGCAUUGGCAGCUAAUGGGGAGGGACUCGAAACCCAAGGAAUCAGGUGGUAAGGGGAAGGGAAAGCAGGCAGCUUCCUCUGCAACUGAUGAUAAUGCCUCCCAAGGGCAAAGGGAAGGGUGGCAAGUCAAGUGAUGGGCUUGGUACCUGCACUUAUGGUAAAGGUUGUGUCAUCUCUUGUGAUCACGGUUUCCCUUGAUCAUAGAUUCCUUCGCAAUCAGUUGAUUUUAGUGUUUGAUUCAUUCAAAAUUAUGAUAUUAUUAAGCCUAGUACCUUUCAGAUAAUGUCAUGCAGAUUACUUCAAGGCACCAAUAGAUUGCACUAUCUAUUUGCAAAUGCCUUGUCCCCAUUCAUGGAUUAACAAGACAGCUUAUUUCUGUUCGACUCAAUCGAUCCUGAUUGGGUCAGACUAAUUUCAUUUCCAAACAAUCAGGAUAACCUGAAACCAGCUAAUCCUGAGUUGGUUCUGUCUAAUUUCUGAUUGAUUUUGUGUAUCAGGCUAGGUACUGGAAGCCAGAAUGACUCAUUCUGUUCUGCACCAAUCUUGGCCAAUUUUCCACCAACUCCCAACAGCUUGCUGAAAAGAUUUGGCAAAAAUCCGACCAUCUAAAAGAAAGGAAAAGGAAAAUCAAUGGGAAAAACAAUCCCACGAUCUGGUUUAGCUGGUCCAAUCAAUUGAGACUGGUUUAGAUUCUGGAUUGUGUUAUCAAUCCCAAAGCUGAUCCAAAUAUUAUGAAAUUUAAGAAGGUGCAGAAUUGCUGCUCACCUUUGCCAUCCAUUUCUUGAAUUCAUGAUUGAAUUUGACUAAUUAUAGUCUUAUUUGAUUGAAGCACAUUCAAGGAAGCUCGCUACUUUAUAGAGUGAAAUCUUGGGGCACCAAAGAUGGUCUCAUGUGCUCUGAAAUUAAUGGAAUAGGUUAAUUCUUCCUAUCUUUGCAUCAUAUUCUAACUGUGUAUGCUUAACAAUGAACUAGAUACCUGUUGUGUCCAAAUCGGUGACAGGUUUAGCCAUUGAAUUACACUGGCUAAGCAAUGGAGACAAGGUUCCCCCUGCUGAAUUUGCAAAGGUAGGUUCUCUGUUCUGUCCACUGAGAUUGUUUCAGAAUCUUGUGAGUUUAGCUAUGGGCAUGAUGAUUGGUAGAGCAUUGUGAUACAAUCUAGAUCCUUAUUUUAUGAUUCCCUACAACAUGUGCUCUCAGUUCUGCUUUUCUUUUCCUUUUUUUAGUGGGUUUAUUGUUCUUUUAUUUUCAUUUUCACUUUCGUUUUUUAGGUACUGUUAUGUUGAACUGAAGUAUGUAUUUUCUUCAUGUUGACUUGCACUUUCAGGGAAUGAUUGAUCUUGCGGUUUAAUUUUCUUGAACUUAAACCUUGAACCUGCAUGAAAUUAUAGGUCUUUAGAAGAUUUAUCUGUUUUUUUUGGGUGAAUUAUAUGUGGAAGAAAUUAGUUUUCCCGUGCCUUGUGCUGGCUGUCUGUCUCAGGUGGCAACAGAAUAUUCCGAGUGUCCAUCAGGAAAGGAAGGUGGAGACCUUGGAUGGUUUCUGAGGGGAAAAAUGGCUGGUCCUUUUCAGGAUGCCGCAUUUAGUACACCUAUUGGAGCUACUAGCGUGCCAUUUAAAUCAACUAAUGCAGGCAUGGUUACCACAUCAUUCUUUGUGAAGGGAGGAAAAAUUAAUAGUUUUGGUGUAGAACAGCUGCUUCAGAUGGGAGGAACUGGUAUCAUCUGUUAAUCAACCCCCGAGGAUUUAGAUGAAGCAAGACUGCUACUGCAUGGAGUUUGGAGAUAUGUAAACUAUGCAGAAGAGUCUCCGAGUAAAUCCUAGUUUGGUCUGUUAUGUGAAACUGCUUUGAGGAAGAAAUUUGCUGGUUGUUCCAUGGUUAAGAAAGAAUGCUUUGGUGAUGAACUUAAAGCACUUAGAAGAGGAGAGGAGCAGCUAAUGGUUGGUCGGACUUUCACCUUCUAAACCCGCGCUUCUUUGCUGCUGCUGCUGCGACUCCCUCUCGUUGCACUCCGUUCUUGCAGUAGAUGGCGGUGCCCCGUCUUCUUCUCCACCUCGUCUACCCGACCUCGUCGUCCCUCCUCCUCGCCAACUGCAAGCCGUCGCCCCUACCUGUCCUCAACAUCGGCUGUAGAAGGAUCAGCACCGCCGCAGCGCAGCGCGCCCCCCCGUCGGAGGCCGCCGUCGAUGACUUCUGGCGGUGGCUUUGUGAGCGGGGAGUGGUCGCUGCCUCGUCCGCCGCGACCGUUAAGCCGGGCUUCGUGCCGGAGGGCCUGGGCCUCGUGGCCCAGAGGGACCUCCCCCGCAACGAGGUGGUGGUGGAGGUCCCCAAGAGGCUCUGGAUCGACUCCGACACGGCAGUCGCCUCCGAGAUCGGGAGGCUGUGCGCCGGCCUCAAGCCCUGGGUCUCCAUCGCCCUCUUUCUCCUACGGGAGAGGGCCCUGGGCACGGCCUCUCCCUGGCACCCCUAUCUCGACAUUCUUCCGCCCACUACCAAUUCCACUAUCUUCUGGUCAGAAGAGGAGCUUUCUGAAAUAGAAGGAACUCAGUUAUUGAACACGACAAUGGGUGCUAAAGAGUAUGUGGAAAGUGAAUUUGUCAAAGCAGAAGCGGAAGUGAUACUUCCAAACAAACAUCUCUUUCCUUCAGCUAUAACAUCGCUUGAUUUUCUGUGGGCUUUCGGAAUUCUCAGAUCAAGGGCCUUUUCACGUGGUCGUGGUGAAAAUCUUGCUCUUGUUCCAUUGGCUGAUCUUAUUAACCACAGUUCCAGUAUCACUCAAGAGGAUUCUUCUUGGGAGAUUAAAGGAAAGGGCAUCUUUUCUAGGGAACUGAUAUUCUCUUUACGAACACCAGUCUAUGUGAAAUCUGGUGAGCAGGUGCAUAUCCACUACGACAUCGCAAAGAGUAAUGCUGACUUGGCGCUUGAUUAUGGCUUUGUUGAACAGAGGCCAGAUCGGGAUGCAUAUACUUUUACUCUAGAGAUUAGUGAAUCUGAUCCAUUUUAUGGAGACAAACUAGACAUUGCAGAGUCAAAUGGUUUAGAUGAAACUGCAUACUUUGAUAUAGCUCUAGGUUGCCCACUACCCCCAUUGAUGCUUCCAUAUUUGCGGUUGGUAGCUCUUGGAGGAACAGAUGCUUUUCUCUUAGAAUCGGUUUUCAGAAAUACAAUUUGGGGUCAUCUGGAAUUGCCGGUGAGUCGUGCCAAUGAGGAAGCCAUUUGCCGUGUCGUCAGACAGGCCUGCAAAUCUGCUCUCUCUGCUUACCACACUACCGUAGAAGAGGAUGAAAAACUUAUGGAAGGGGAUAAUUUGGAUGAAAGACUUCGAAUCGCAGUUUGUAUAAGAGCCGGCGAGAAGAAAGUUCUCCAGCAGAUCGACAAUGCUUUCGGAGAGAGAGAGUCCGAGUUGGAUGUUUUGGAGUAUUAUCAGGAGAGGAGGCUCAAGGAUCUGGGACUGGUUGGGGAGCAGGGUGAAAUCAUCUUCUGGGAAUCUAAGUAGAACACCUGCACACACCUUCUCUCCCAAGAUCUGAUAUCACAUGUUGUACAUGGCGACCGCAAUGGACGGUUGCAUGCAGGUAAUUGAGAUAACAAUGCAUUUGACACCAGAAUGUAGUUUAUCAUCCACAAUGGCAGUUCUGUAAGCGUCAGAUACUCUAAUGAUUUGUUUGAUUUCAUGUGUUCUAA